AUGCUGGGUCGGCGGCGCGUCUUCGCCGUGGAGCCGCUCGGCGGCCGGGAUGGGGUUGGUGAGGACUUGGCACACGGUUGUGUAGUACCUGGAGUCAGCAGCACCUACCGACGGAUCCCGGACGCUGCUCAAGGUUGCUCGCUGGACUCCUGGAAGGGAGAUGGCCAGCUGAGAGGUCUCAGGAGGCAGGAGCCACUUCUCAAACUGGCCUCCCGGGACUCAGGAGUGGAGAUGGUGGCUGGGGACAGCCUCCUGGCCACCUCACCGGGCCUUUCUCAGGACUCUCUGGACUUUGAGCCCACAGGGAGCCCUGAGCCUCUGGCCCUUGCUUCCAAGGAGCCUCCUGCCCACCUAGGCCGGCUUCUGGCCAACCGUAAGCUGGAGCAGGUGCUGGAGCGGUCCCGCCAGCUCCCGUCUUCCGCUGCCAGCAUGUCACAACGCCACCGCUCCCUGAAGCCCCCCAGCGAGCCCGAAUGUGAAAUGCCCCUUUUUGGAACCAGGGAACAGGAGGCCAUUGAGGCAGAAACUGACCUGGAGGCAGGCCUGGAAGAAGCAGAGGCGGGGGGCCUGGGGCCUGAAGCCUGGGCCUGUCUCCCAGGGCAGGGUCUCCGCUACCUGGAACACCUGUGCCUGGUGCUGGAGCAGAUGGCAAGGCUCCAGCAGCUCUACUUGCAGCUGCAGACCCAGAGGCCCCCACGGGGGAGUGAGCCGCAGGGCCAGCAGGCCAGCGGGGGGCAGGAUCCUGAAGCAGAGGACGAGGAGGAGGCGGGGAAGCCCACCCUGACCCCCUCACUGCUGCCUUCUCGUGCCCCAGGCCGUGAGGUGCACGGACUGCCCAGCCAGAUGCAGGAGACAGGGGCAAAAUCAGCUACGCCCCUAAAGGUAGGGCUGCCCAGUGCCAACCCUCCUGUGCUGUUAGAGGCCGCUGCAGAGCCCGCUCACAUCUUUCCAUCCUCCCAGGGACACAAGCGGGAUCUCUCCCACUGGAACAAGGUCAAGGUCCUGCUCAACCGGAUCCGUUGGAGGAGCCCGAAACACCCUGAGUCCCCUGCCCCUCCUGAUGGCUCUGCCCCUAGGAUUGAGUCAAGGGGCGUCCCUGAAAGACCUCCAUGCCAGCCCCUCCGGAAGACCUUUAUGCCAUCAUUUGUGGUUAAGAAGCAACGAGCAAAAAACCUUUCUGUAUGCUGA